AAUUUUGCCGUGAUGUGGCUUAUGGCUCGACAAGGCACAAAAUGAAACAUCUAUUCCUAACAAAAGGAAAUCUUGUGUCAUAAAAAAUACGACGUGAAGAGUUUAUGGGCAAAAUAUUUUAUGUAAAUAUACACAUUUGGAAGCAGGUGCAUUUAAAAACAGUAUAUAAUUAAUUGAUUUUCUCGAAGCUUGUUGGCCAGUAUUUUGGGUCUUCGUAAUUUGUUGCCAGCGAUAAGAACUUUGAUGCCUAGAAUUCACACAGAGCUAGCAAGGAAUUUACCAAACAGCGAUUCCCAAACGAUCCAGGCACGGUUUCAAGAGCCCGAGAGUAAUUUUCGGCGUCUUGUGUAGCAAGUGACCGAUAAUGAAAAACGGAUUGGCUGACGGCAUCAGUUGAAGGAUUUGGUCAAGGAGAUCCAUCGAGGCAAACGAAGUUUGAGAAAAAGUCUUCAUUUUCAAUAUUCUCAACACCAGAUGGACGUCUAAUGCAUUACGGACAACCGCUUGUCUGUUAGCGUUCCUCACUCGCGUAGCGGAUGGAUUUCACGGCAAAAAUUGGUGGUUUUUUUCGCAGUAUUAUUAACCCAGAGGGUGAAACUCAAAACACAGACAAAUCAGCACAGGAAAAUAGGCAAGCAUCCAGCGACACAAAACAGGGAGAAGAAGAGGGGGACUUCGACGAGCGUGAUGCGGAGUAUCUAGACGAUGACGACGAGGAAAACACGACAGCGUUUCUCACGCGAAAUAGUUCCUUACCGCUACCUAGUAAGUCCAAACAAGACUCAUCGUCUAACGCCUUGGCCUUACAAGUGCCUAACACGGCAAUUAAACGCAGAAACACCCUCGCUGGUACCCCAAGUUUCGGCCUAAGUAGUCUAACAAAUGGCAGAUCGGCACCCAGCGUGGUCGCGCGCACGAAGCAAAGCUUAGAAACCAGUAGUAUCGUGUCAGACGACGAGACGGUUCGUGGAAGCGCAGCGCGAAGAGAGUUCGGGGGACUUCCGACAAGAAGUCGGAGCGAAACUCCGCGAGCAUUUGGUGGCGGUGCGCCCUCCAAGAGGAUAUCAACCUCAAGUUCUGUGUCUGACUGGAAUAUGGAUCAAACAGUACGCGGAGUUGGUCGGCUUCAUGUCGUACUUGACUUCACCAUGCACACGGCUAAGCUGUCUGUAACUGUUACAAAAAUAGAAUUUCCACCGUAUCACCAAAGGGAUACUUCUUUGUUAGAAGUGAGCGUCAUGCUGUUGCCGGGAAAACGGCAAAGUUUUCGAACAAAACCGAGAGACUUUAAUGAACCCAUGGCGAUGUAUUUGUUUCCCAAGGACAAGAUCAAGGAUAUGUCGCUGAGAUUUCGCUUGUAUGAACAAGGCACUAUGGGCUCUAAGCAUUUAUUAGGCGAAGGAACGCUACGGCUUCGGUCGGUGGACUUAGAUUCUGAAAUGAUUCCCGCAUGUGUUGAUUUACAGCCUCCCGGAUCGUAUGUUCCGGAAGCUGCUUCGGGCGCGAUCAUGUACGAAGGAGAGCUGGCCAUCUCCGAAGAAGAUCGGCCCGAGAUUUUACUGUCCUUAGAAUACCGCCCCAUUACGGGAAAGCUUCUUCUGGAAGUUAUCAAGACAAGAAAUUUAGGAAUGUUGACUGACUCAAAAGCACGAGAAACAUAUGUCGCAGUGAGGGUUGUUAAAAGCACUGGAGAGUUAAUUAGCAAGAGUAAAACUACUCCAAGACGGCAUAUGAUAGACCCCGAAUAUAAUGAAAUGUUUUUAUUCCAUGUUCCGGAGCAUGAGCUCAACUCAGUGACAGUUUUACUGACUGUUACGAGUAUUACGGCGCGCACGCUGGCGCUGAAAAAACAUCGAUUUGGUCGUGUGUGUCUUGGGCAGAAUUACAGCAGCGAAGAAGAAUUGCGGCAUUGGUAUGAAAUGACUCGACGGAAAGAAAAAUCCAUCGUGGCAUGGCAUAGAAUUAAUGAAAUUUAGGAACACUAUUGAUACACCAAACAAGAACUAUGGCAAGAUCAUCAGUUUAUUUAGUACGUUUUACAAGAACAAGUCUGCAUUUCCAAAACGUUUCAAUUAGUACAGCCGUUGGUUCGCACAUUAUUGUAUUAGGGACGUUGUUUAUAUAUUUUCCAAGUGUUGUUGAUCCGAUUCACCGACAGGCAAAUAGGUUAGUGGAAUGUUAAUACUUAUGACUGAAUUAUCCCAGAAAAAAAUUCACGGGAAGAAACAAUUUUAUAAAAUUAUUUUUAACCCCAAAAGGGUCUGUUCCCGAAACAAGGUGUUAAUAAGUUUGAACAUACUUGUGAAAGUUUGUGUAUCUUUUAGAGCAGACAAAUAAAAUGAAA